AACUACGUGGGCACGUAGUAGUCGCACGAAACGGCGUUUUAUAUCCAACGUGCAUUCCCGUAAUUAAAAUCGAGCACACUAAAUAUUGGUUUCCGUAAGUCAUCCAUGUUUUGUGUUGAUGAAACGCACCCUCUGGAUUUGGGAUUUAAAUUCAGUAUUCAAAAAUUAAUAACAAUCUGAUUGUUCAAUUUGACAUUCUUCAAGACUUGCCGCAUCUGCUUGUUUGUUAGCGGGAUACAAGGAUGCCACCUCAGAGGCGUAGUGCCGGCAUGAGCCAAAACAAAGAGACGAAAAAGAGACCUGAAAGUUCCUCUACGGACUUUAAAACGAGCACGGAGUUAUCGGUUAAAAAGCACAGAGACAAGGAUGCCGACUUCGUUACUCUGUGCACAAGCCUUCAUGUGUCCGAUCUGGUUUGUGACCGUACUUGGAAGAUGUACAAAGGUCUACAGGAGUCCCUGGAUGAAUUUGCUGAGGAUCAAAAAAGGUUGUGGGCUGCCUCUUUGUUUGCGGUUGUGACCGACAUGGAUGCUGCUUCCUUCACCGUAACUCAGGUCCUAAAAGCAGUCUCUAUGAAUUUAAAGCAGUUUCUGGCUCUGGUUCGGAAGUUGGACAUCAACUUGGACACAAUAAGCACCAAGGUCAAUUCAGCGCUGACACGCUUGGACAACAAACAUGAUGUGACCCUGGCUCUUUACCAGAAGUUUGAGAAGACAUGCAAAAAGAUCUUUGCUGAGGCCCCCGAGUCAAAGGAGAGUGAGAUCACACGGACCUGCUGGACGAUGUUUCUUUUGGCCAAAGGAAAGGCCUUGCAGAUGGAGGAUGACCUGGUCAUAUCGUUUCAGUUGCUGCUGUGCACGCUCGAGUUAUUCAUCAAGAGAUGCCCCCCUGAUAUGCUCCAGCCUCUUUACCAAUCAGCCAUCAGCAAAGUCCAAAUCCCCGUCACCCGAACGUCACGUCGCAACCAAAACAAUGCCAAAGCGCGCCCUGUGGUGCCAGAGGUGGACAUGCAGCUUCUUGAAACCUUGUGCAAGGAGAAUCAAUGCAAUGUGGAUGAGGUUAAAAAUGUCUAUCAGACCAGUUUCUCCGCCUUCCUGGUGUCUCUGGAUCUUCUCAAAGCUCCCGGUCUUCCUCAGGCCAGUAGCAUCAACCAGCAGUAUGAAGAGCACUACCUCAAGAGUCGAGACAUUGACGCGCGAUUGUUCUUGGACAGUGACGAGACACUUGUUGCGCCCAAAGUGGAUCCGGUACAAGUGGAGAGAACGCCCAAGAAGAACAUGCUGGAAGAAGAUGCCAUGCCCAUCCACCAGACUCCAAUCAGAGCCGCGAUGAACUCCAUUCAGCAGUUGAGAGGAGAUCUCAUUUCUCGUGGCGACCGGCCGUCCACCAACUUAGUGACCUAUUUCAAGAACUGCACCGUGGACCCAACUCGGGAUGUCCUGAAGCGCUUGGAGACAAUGGGACCAAAAUUCAGCCAAAGGUUUGCUGAGGCAGUUGGCCCGCGCUGCAUCACUCUCGGAAAGCAGAGGUUUACACUUGGUGUCAAACUCUACUACAAAGUCAUGGAGGCGAUGCUAAAAUCGGAAGAGAAACGACUUUCUGUGCAAAAUUUCAGUAAACUCCUCAAUGACCCGACAUUCCACACAUCACUCUUGGCUUGUGCACUGGAGGUUGUCAUGGCAACAUACGGAGGUAGCAGUUUUAAGACCGGGGGAUACAAUAAUGGCCGUUGUGGUGGCAUCCCUGGCGAAGCGGACCUGUGCUUUCCGUGGAUACUGGAUGUUUUGAACCUCAGCGCUUUUGACUUCUACAAAGUCAUCGAGAGUUUUAUCAAAGCAGAUGUGACUCUGAGCAAAGACAUCGUCAAGCAUCUUGAGACCUGCGAGAACCUCAUCAUGGAACGGAUCGCAUGGAAGACGGACUCCCCUCUCUUCGAGCUGUUGAAGCAGGAGCACGAGGGCGGCGCAGUGGAACAAGCGGAGGCGCCUGCUAGUUUCAACCAGCCCUUACAACACAACCACACCGCUGCUGACCUGUACCUGUCCCCCGUUCGCCCGUGUCUUCGCAUCGUGCCUCCCGAGUCCCCCGCCACGGCCGGCGCACCAGCUGCCGCUCCGGCACCGAGCCAGCCCGCACCCCAAGCCGCGGGCCAGAACCCUCGGCACCUGAAGUCCAACUCACUCAGCCUCUUCUAUAAAAAAUUGUACCGCCUGGCCUACACCAGGCUGAAGAUGCUCUGCUCCUAUCUGCUGUCCCCCUAUCCGGAGCUGGAGCCCAUCAUUUGGACGCUCUUCCAGCACACUCUGCAGCACAAGUACGAGCUGAUGAGAGAUCGUCACCUCGACCAGUUAAUGAUGUCAGCCAUGUAUGCCAUAUGCAAAGUGAAGAGUGUGGAUCUGCGCUUCAAGGCCAUCGUGUCGUCGUACAAGAACAUGCCCAACACCAACCAGGAGACUUUCAAGCAUGUGCUGAUCGCAGAGGACCACUAUGACUCCAUCAUCGUCUUCUACAAUCAAGUGUUCAUGCAGAGGCUGAAAACCAACAUCCUACAAUAUGCAUCCACAAGACCGCCUUCUCUCUCUCCGAUCCCACAAAUCCCGUGCAGCCCUUAUAAAUUUCCCAGUUCCCCUCUGCGUGUGCCCGGAAGCAGCAACGUGUACAUCUCGCCGAUGAAGAGCACCCGCUCCCCGGGCAUCAUGACUCCUCGCAGCAGAAUGCUGGUUUCCAUCGGUGAAUCAUUUGGGACGCCAAAUCGCUUCCAGAAGAUCAACCAGAUGGUCAGCAGCGGCGAUCGCUCUUUGAAGAGAACCUCAGAUCACGGAGGCGCCCCCAAAAUUCUGAAGAGGUUACGAUUUGAUGUUGAUGGGCAAGAUGAGCCCGGUGGCAGCAAAUCCGAUGGAGAUUCAACACUGAUCCAGAGGCUCAACGAUUUAACCUCCGCCCGCAAUCGCAUGCAGGAACAGAAGAUGAAGGAGGAUGCGGAAUCCCGAAAGGAGCACCAUUAAGAAUCUACUGAGCUGUCCCCCGCGCUCUUGGUCACAAUAUGAACUCUCGUUUUUUUAGUGUGUGUUUUUAGUUUGUAUUUAACAUUUCUUUAAGGAAUAAUUUGUGAAUAUCAGGCCGGGGGGAUAACCAAAUGACAAUUUUUUGUUGUUGUUUACAGUCAGCUUAUGUGCCGCUUUUAUUUGUGUUUGAAUCAUCACUCGAAACAUUACUGAGACACAGUGCUAACUUGUCUUUCGAGCAACCUUUUUUAGCAAGAUGUAGAUUUUUCACAAUGUUAUU